GUCCAGCCAUGGCUAUGAACACAGACAUCCGAACGAGCGCACAGCAGUUCCUGCGCUCGAUGCUGAGUCGCAUGAACCUGACUCUGGGCGACUGGUACGCCUACCGGAACUACUCAGGUCACCUGUUCGAUGACCUGGAUGACCUGGACGGGCCGGGCGGCCCCCAGCGCGCGGACGCCUGCGGUGAUGGAAUGCGCUGGCUGAGAGACUCCUACCGGCCCGUGCAUGGCUACCUAGCUCUGGCUAUCUGCCUGUUCGGCUUCGUGGCCAACGUGCUCAACAUCGUGGUGUUGACGCGGAAGGAGAUGAGAUCGUCGACGAACGCGAUCCUCACCGGACUGGCUGUGGCGGAUGGUUCCGUCAUGCUCGAGUACAUGCCGUUCGCAGUGCAUAACUAUGUGCGCGUCUCCUCCAACACAUUCUCGUACUGGUCGGCGCGGUAUGUGCUGUUCCACGCGCACUUUGCGCAGAUCUUCCACACGGUGUCCAUAUUCAUGACGGUAAUGCUGGCCAUGUGGCGAUACUUGUUGAUCGUGGAACCUAGCGCCGCGGUGCGACGCUGCACUGUGCGCCGCACAGUCGCCGUUAUUGUCGCCGUGUACGCCAUCUCGCCGCUUAUCUGUGUGCCGUCCUACUUCACAUUUUCCGUGCAGAGCCGGUCAGCCGGCGCGGGCGCAGAACCUCUCUACAUCAUCGACAUCAGCGACAUCGCGCGGCGGCACCACGGCCUGCUGAACCGGAUGAACUUCUGGCUGUACUCGGUGCUCAUCAAGCUGGCGCCGUGUCUGGCUCUGACGUACUUUUCUCUGCGGCUGAUCGCCGUCCUUCUGGAAACCCGACGGAGGAAGAGACGGCUGCUGGCGGCCGGCACAUCGCCUGCCCCCAGAGGUAGGAACGUCACCAGCUCGCUAGCCCAGGGAGUGCGGCACACGGACCGCACCACCAGUCUGCUGGUGGUCGUCCUGCUGCUCUUUCUGCUGACCGAGCUGCCGCAGGCUGCGCUGGCCAUGCUCUCAGGGGUUCUCCAGGAGCAUUUCUUCCGCACCUGCUACCAGCAUGUCGGUGAGCUUCUCGACAUCCUGGCGCUCACCAACUCGGCGGUAAACUUUGUGCUGUACUGUAUGAUGUGUAAGCAGUUCCGCGCCACCUUCUGGGCACUAAUCGGCUGUCCACGUGACUGUCACCGGCCGCCGCAGCAGAUACUGCUUAACAGUCACGUGAUCAGCCUGCCAAAGCAGGUCGCUGUCAAAACGACGCUCGUCUGAUAGAACGUUGGGGCACAUGGGGUCUUACGACGGCGUGAGACUAAUUGUGAUUUGGCAGGUGAUCGCUGGAUGUUUGUACGCAUACAGAGACAUUGUGUUUAUUGAUGUAACGCAUAUUGGAUAUGCCAUAUGUGAAUGCUGAAAUGGAGUCGUGAUCUUCACAGACCAUGAUCGUUACGGAAUACGUUUUGUCUGGGAUGACAGCGAAUCUUUUAAAACUAAACUACACCGUUCCAUGCUUCUAUCCUCAGGAUACGGAAGUCCUUCUCCUCCACGCCGCA